AUGUUGAAAGCGCCCCAGCCUUGGGGAUCAAAGGAGAUGAAUGUCCGCGAGAAGAAGGAGAACGGAACGAAAGAAGAGAAGGAGACUCCACAUGAUGCUUCCAUUAUUUGGGAGGACUCCGCGACGAGCCUCCUUAAGGUCUUCAAGCAAGGCAUCGAUGUGCCCUUCCUCAUUUCUCUGACCAUGAGGUUCUCGAAGAUUUUGAUCAACGGCCGCCGCCCCAUCGAAGGAAAAGCGCAGCACCGAGCAAACGUCAUCGUCGAUGUUUUGGUGAUCCUCCAGACGUUGCUGAAGCGCACAGACCUGCUUCACAACAUGGACUGGACCAAGGUCGACAUCAUUGAUUACGAGAACUUCCUACAGCUCGUGAAGACGUACCGCCUGCGAGACUCGGAGAUCCUGGAGGAUGAGCAGAUCCUGAACACGCUCUACCUCAUGGUGAAGCAAGCCUUCCCUUUUAAGGGCCUCGUCUUCCUGGAGUACCUGAUGGAGGUCGCCUACGGCGACCAUCGGGAGGAGCACACAACGCUGCAGGACAUGGCGGCUGUCUGCUGCGCCAUUAUCUCUACGCAGAACGCCACCGACGCCAGCACUCCCACCGUGAACGUGGCCAGCGUGGUGAAGGACAACGCGGCGUUCGUCCAUGCCCUGGCCCGUGUGCCGGAUCCCAAGAUGCAGAUCUGGCACUACCGGCUCUUGACGGGGUGGAGCCGGCGACCAAAGGUCCUGGAUGACCUGGUUGGAGAUGCCGAAGCACUGAAGUUCAUCGUGGACCACCUGCUGGAAACGCACCUCUGUCGAUACAGCGUGGUCAUCGUUCACAAUAUCAGCAUGCUGCGGAGCGGGGCGCUGAUCUCCAAAGAAGGGCACCUCUCCACCAUCUGUGAGGCCUACCGUCAGCUCAAACCUGGCGCCACACUGCACCGUGCGGACGAGGAUCAGCGUCGGCUCUUGCGCCGCCUCCUACUUGCCAGUGUACGAAACUGUUUGUGGAACUCCUCAGAGAUCCACAAGGAUCUUGCAGAGAGCGAUAUGGGCAACAUCAUCCACCUGGUGUCGUGCGUGGAGGAGCCGGACUUGCCGUUCUUCAUGGCCAUGAUCAUGUACAUCUCGGAAGGCUGUAACAUCAACCGUGUCCGGCAAGUCAUGUACGGCAACGCACAGAUGCUGGAGCUCUUUGUCCGGUGCAUGUUCCAGCAGGUCACUGCGUGCGUAGUGAACAUGGACGCCCCGAAGUUCGAGUCCAGCCUGUAUGGCCUCAUUACGGAAGAGGAAGCACGGCGGGCAGAGCAAUACGAGGCCCUGGUGGAGCACCAGGAUGCCAUCUCCUCAGCACCCAAGAAGCAGACGGAGGCCUAUAAGAAGCUCCUUGCAAUCCCGGGCUCGCCGGCCGCCCGCGGCUUGGGGAAGACCGCAAGCCUCUACCAGAGGAGCCGGCGCAAGGGACUCCAUCCUGUCUCAGCAGCAAAAGGCGAAAUCGGGUCCUCGCUUGGCGGCGGUGGUGGUGGCCGCAAGUUCUCGGAGGUGGAGGAGAGGCGCGGGCAGCAGGAAUUCCUCUACUUCUCUGCGGUGGAGCUGCUUACUUUCGGCACCUUUGCUGGGGAUGAGCAUGACCAGAGGGACCCUCCCCCGGAGGAGGCCGAGCCACACAGGGCGGAGGUUGUCGAGGCGUUGCAUGCAGCCUUCAGCAAGUUCCCAAUGGCGAAGUUCCUCAAGAACUUGGCAGAGCAGGUGCAAAAUCACAAGAACCUCAAGGUCGUGCUGUCAGACAUGUUCGUGCACGUAACGACCAAGUUCCUGUGGCACUGCUGGACUCAGCCUAUCUUCAAGAAGUACCUAGACACUCCGGCAAACUUGCAGAUCAUCGCACAGCUCAUCCCCUUCUUCAUCAGUUGGCCGAACCCGGACGUUCAGAACAUGAUUGCUGAGGUCUGCCUGUAUGGAGGGCUCCACAGAUUUACUUCUGUCUGCGACAUCCUCAUUGCCGAGUAUCGGGAGUACCCGGAACUCUCGUGCGCCUUGCUUACGCGCUGUCUGAUCAGCCCCAUCGAGGAGACCGGGCUAAAGCCCAAGCAGGCCAUUGGCUUCUUGCGCAUCUUCGUCUGCUUACUACAGGAGCGUGCGUUGAGCCACACCGGGCUGAAGCGAUUGGCUGUGGGCUUGGAGACAGCUCUGGUCAUGGACAACCCGAAGGGACUGUGCGCCAUCCUCGCCCAACGAGAGCACGAGCUCCUUGCCGAGCUCUUGGAGGCAUUAUCGCAGUUCAGCGAGUCAGCUGCGGUGAAGCAGUGCAUGGUUGUGGCACUGACGAGAACUGUGGGCAAGCACUACAAGGCAUUGCCCGAGCUGGACGACUUCAUCUUGCGCAUCUUGGACAUGUCGGUCCCUCUGCUGGAUGCCGAGUUUACGCUCUAUAUGCCUGUGCUCUACAAGGUGGCGAGCGAAGGUGGGCGACGUGUUCAGGGGCCGAUGCUCACGCGACAUAUUCAUCUUCGAGUGGCCCGACUUCUUGAGCAGGCCGUGGCAGGGGUGGAGGCCGACCAGCACAAGAUCGAGGGUUACAACGAUGAGGACGAGGAGGCCCCGGCGGUGGUGGGGCCGAAGCUGGACAGCCGUGGCCGUAUGCAGUGGUGCUUAGCUUUCCUCACCGCUCUCGCAACGGUGCAGGUCAAGGACAGCAGCGGCUCCCAAGAAGCCUUCCUGGAGAAGGCGACACGGGAUAGACGAACGUAUUUCUGGGCACUGGCCCAGUAUUUUCUACGGGCUCAGUCUAUUCACUUCGACUCCUUCGUUUGCGUCGACCUGCUGCCCAUGCUAGUUCGGAUUCUGCGACAGUCACCCGAGCCUUUCGAGGCAUUGGCUGUGUGCUUCCUCCUGAGCUCGGUGAGCACUUCGCCCUGCCUGCCUCCGCACAUGCCGGAUGUUCUUCGAAUCUCGGAGCAGGGCGCUCAGCUCGAGCCGAAGCCAGAACGCGAAGCCGUUGAGGCAUCCGCAGGCUAUGGUUUGGACUCCUGGGCUAACCUGGUCAUGAAAGCUUUCCCCUCGCUGCUAUCAGCAGAGGCACGAGCGUCAGGAGGUCAAGCUCAAGGGCUGGAGUUCGAAAUGGAGCAGCAAAAGCCCGAGGACACCACCUGGAAGCAUCUGAAGAUACCUCAGCUCAGCCGCAUCGAAGCCGGAAUCCGCCGCUGCUUCAUCCACCUCUUGUCUCGGGCAGCCCACGUGCCGAAGGGAAAUGCAUGUUUGCUGAACAGCCAUGCGGCAUGGCACCUCUUGACGAGCCUUGCGUCGGAUCCCGACCUCUACGGUGAUCCGGGGGCGUGCGUGCACGCGAAGGUCUAUGCCUUGGCCUUCCUCCUGCAGCGUUUUGAUGACCACAAGCUCAUGAUCGAGCUUGGUCUCAUGGAACGCCUCCUAGAAACAAAGGACCAAAUCAAGCAAGAGAUGCCACAUCGCAUCCAAGAGCCUGACCUGCCGGACCUGAGACUUCCCUGGAUCCACUGCGUCAUCAGCUUGGUCCUCCUCUCAGGUCCCAAACUCUUCGCCGGCAGCAAGGGCCGCGAGUUUGAGCAGCUUGUCGCUGGUGCGCUAGACUUCGCCAAUGACCUGCAGUUUGAAGGCAGAAGCAAGAUCCAGCGGGAGAUGCCUGGCCUGGCGUUGGACCUCGAGUGCCAGCAGUCCCGACCCGAGGCCCUGGCACCAUUCAGCACCAAAGUCGCCCACUUCGCGAAUCUGAAGCCGAAGUUCACGCUGUACUUGCUGGCGCUCAUCUGCAGUGCGCCGACACUCGGGCUCCGACAGCGGGCCUGUGAAUUCCUCACCGAGAUGCUCACGAAGGGACAGCAGCCACACCUCGCUGGUGCAGCCUUCUUGAAAGCAAACUGCUUGGAGAGCUUCCGACGGAUUUUGACAGGGCCGCUGGAUGAGCUGGCAGCGUCCACAUCGCAGGCGAUGAUCGCCUUGGCAUCCUCCUGCUAUGAUGUCCAUGCCCACAUGCUGCAGAUUUUGGACACGGUCCUGACGGCCAUCGGAAGCCCCUCUUCAGGUGCCGCCAGAGUGAUGUCGCUGUCUGAACUCUUCGUGGGACUGACUGCGACGCGAACUGCAGAGGUUGAAGGAAUCCUGGAGAUGCCCAGUGUGAUGCCCUUCCUGGGCUUGGCCCGCUCGUCUUACUCUGCACGCCGAGACUUGGUGCAGAAGUGGCUCGAAGCAUUUGGCUCUUCUCUUUACGAGCUGGAUGAGGUGUCCGAGGUCUUCUCCAAAUCCACUCUCCAAGGGCUGCUUUACGUCUCGGCACGCAGCACCUUGGACCCUGAAGAGGCCAUAAGUUUCCGCAAGGUGCUGUCCGGCCCUCGGGCCCAGAGCGUUGAGACUUGGAGGAACUCCUACUUCGGCCCUUACGAGUUCCUUUCAGAGACCAUCAUUGCAGCUAUGAUCCCCGUGUGUGAGCUGCAGCCUGAUCUGGUCGGUGCCAUGGUCGCCCUCAUCCACAGCUUCAUCACCCACAGCGAGACGAGGCUGCUGGAGCGGAUCUGGACUGGGGGGCACGUGCCAUGGCUAUGUAAACGUCUGGCUGAUCAAUCCCGAGUGCAGAAGGCUGCCAUAGAGCGCAUGGCAGAGGAGGUAGUGCACACGGGCAUCACGCCGACUCAGUCCAAGGAGGAGCUGCCGCACCAGAUGGCCAAAGGGUGGGAGCGCCAUGAAGACUUGGUCGUGGCACAGGGGAUGGUCUUGCGCAUCUUGUCCAACAUCUUCGACCUCUUCCCUGCGGAGUUCGGCGCGAAGGUCAGCAAAGAUGGCUGCAUCGUCAAGAACUGGCGCGACCAUGUGACCUUCUACUGCCAUCAUGCGGGAGACUGGCCAAUGAAGGAGGACAAGGAGCUCCGAGACUCCACCGAAUCAAUCCUGGAACUGUCAAUGCAACUCGCCGGACGUCUGGUCUUCGACGUCAACGAAGACAUGCAAAGGUUGCUGGUGCAGCAAGGCAUGAUUGGCGUCUGCUCAACAAUGCUGCUGCCUACGCCAGCGCAGCAGGCAGCCAUGCGGGCUGCCAUUGGGCAGAGCGAAAGGUCCGAAGACACAUCAGAGACGCUCUUCCUUCCAGAAGCGAAGAUUCUGGCCGGCGCCGCAAUUGCCAGGCUGCUGUGUCUGCCAGAUGCAUACCGCUACAUCCAGGACCGCCGGGCUGCGAAGCACUCCGUCAGCAUGUUUUCACAGCUCCAUCACUGGCGUGAUGCGGUCUUUGAUGAGCAGGGCACGGUCGCGGUGCUGCAAAGCGUCAGCCUCCUGGAAAGGUGUGCGUCGCUGUACUUGGCCAUGGUGUCUGGCCACACCCUUGAUUGGUGCUUUGACUUCCUCGGGCUGGCCCACAUGGACGUCUUUCUGCCGAUCAUGCUCCGCAUGUGGGCCGAUCAUCCAAAUCCCAUCCUGAGACACCAUGGCCUUCGUCUCUUCGGCAGCCUCUGCCAGGUACACUGCCUGUUCUCCUCCACGCUCCAAGCAGAAGCCCGUGCCAGGCAGCUGAGCCACGCCAUCCAUCGGACAUUCGGGAUUUGGGAUGUCCGCGAGCUGCGACACAUGCUUCGCCUGAUGGUGGCCGUGAUGUGUCAUGUGCUCUUCAUCUCAACGACGAACGUCCACUUCGCGGCCAUCGUGGAGCGCACAUUGGCACGAAAAGUUGAGUGCCCCCAACUCGCCGAGACUCUGCGGAACGGUGCUGCAGCGCGUGCCAGCAGCAACACGUCCAAGUACGUGACACGAGCUGGCUUCCUCACGCAGAUGCUCGCAUGGGCCGAGAAGCCCGGCGAUCACUAUGCCAGGACCUGGGGCCUGUGGCUGAUCUUGACCCUCUUUGCCCACGAAGCCAGUGAAGAGAAGCUGAAAAGCCAGGCUGAUACGCUUGAUCCAGACGCUGUCCUGGUCAUGGAAGAGGUAUCCUUGGAAGAGGCUCAGGUUGUUCGGAGGAACCGGCUCUUGGAUGCUCAGGAGGCAUUGGGAGACACAAACGGCGAUCGCCUCGCUGCCUCAGCUGCCGGCCCAGCGAAGCUUGCAGAUGGCAGGGAUUUUGGAGUCUCUCUGGUGAUCAGCCGGCAAGUGCAUCUCGCAUUCCCUCGCGAGUUUGCAAAGGUUCUGAGCAGAUGGGUAGACCAUGGAAUGCACAGGCUGAUUCAGAGCAGGUAUCAAUGGAAGGACUCCCAGCAGCUCGGCUGCGUGGCCUCCGCUUGGUGCUUGAUAGAGCUGCCCGCAUUUGUCCAGACUGCUGUGCACUCGAUCGACAGUCGGGUGGUCUCAAAGUGUCUCACGCUGCCGGAGAAGUCCCUGCAGCUGGCAGCCUUGCUACUCAUUGCAGUUUCCCGGCUUCGUUUGGCUUCCCUGAGUGGGAAGCCACUGCGAGGCGUGUCACGCACAUUGGUAGUCAAUGCAGCACUCACCUUUGGUGAUGAUCCGGUCUAUGCGGUUCGUGCUCCACUGACUUUGCAUUUCGUCUUGAUCUACAGAAGCCCGAGUUUCUGGAGUGCACCUACAGGCUCAAAGGUUGAAAACAUAUCCGGAGAUUUCGAGAUAGGUUCUUACGGCGAUUCCACGGGCAGCAGCUUCUUGGACCGCAGUUUCAAAACCAACCACAUGCGCUUUGGGUCGAAGAAGACUAACCCUUCACCAGUCGGUGAUGAAGACAAUGAUGGAGAUGAUGAAGUGGGAGGAUGCAUGUACACACAGACGUCGAAUUCGCAGGAAGAUGUUGUUCUCUACUCCUGGGACCUGACAUCUUCGAUCAAAGUUGACAGGCAAGUGCUGAUCGAGAGCCUCGCCAGUGGCGGAGAGGGCCCGUAUGACACCAUCGCGAGGUGGCUGCACGAGCCACUUCUCGGCCUGCCCAACGAGCAUGAGUUCCGCUGCCUGGUGUCCUUCAUGAUCGGGCAGUGCAUCAAGCCGCCCCUGGCGGCGCCUCCCUCCCUAGACCUGGAGACUGCCAUGGCGCCAAGGGGCAAGGAGCUGGUGUCCCAGAAUGCAGUCACUCUCCCGCCGCUGGACUCGAAGGCUGGUCGCACCAACGAGGAGCCUCCUGCCCAAUCCGACGGUGCAGCUCUGGGUGCUCCGCCGGUGGCGGAGUGUGGCCCCCCACCUGCAGCUCUCAUAGACAAGUUAGCGCAAGAGGUGCUCAAGGAGGACCAGCGGCUGCAAGAUCUCACGGGGCCCAAGAAUGAAGGGCCCAUCUUCAGCACGAUGUUGUGUCAUCUGCUCUAUGCCUUGGCUGUGAUGGUACCCGCCCACCCCAAGGAGGCGGCCCAGUCGGUCACCGUGCGAGGUGCCGCUUUCGCGCAGUUGAUCAAGGUACAGCAUAUCGUCGCCCAGCAGAUACAGCCGAAGGUUCUCUACGACCCAGCGGAUGCAGAUCGAGCAAAGCUCUUGCUCUACGUAAGGGCCACUGCCUGCGUGCGCUCUGCCCUGCAGUCCAUCAUGGCAUCCUGGUUUGCCGCAGACUUCGGCGCACGCUUCGUGAUCUCGGAGGAAGGCGGACAGGACUUCCUCCGGCAUCUCGGCCGAAACGUGAGUGUCGGCCUGUGGGUGAAUGCUUCACGAAGACUUCGCAUCGUCCGCAUGAAUCCCUACAGCGUCUUCGUGCUCUUUCGCUCCCGAAGCCUGUAA